AUGUCGUGGGAGCAGUACUUGUUUUUGAUAAUAUACAUAUUAUUGUGUUUUUCAGCCUACACUUUGAAAUGUUUUGACUGUCCGUUGGAAAGUGCUGGAACGUGCACACAAAGCCAGUGUCCUGCAUCGAAUUACCAGUGUGCUGCCAUUCGAACAGUUGCAUAUGCAGGUGGAUCAAAACUGUCUGAUAUCACCAGGCAAUCCUGUGUUUUACCUGAAGAAUGUCUCAGUGGCUCCAUCAACUUCGGAGUUGCUAGAACUGUGAUCAACAGCACCUGUUGUGCUACUGAUCUGUGUAACAACCAAACUGCCACAGACAUCAGCAACACAGGACCUAACGGUAAUAAAUGCUUCACCUGCGAUGUGAACCAAUGCAAGGAAACUCUGAACUGUGAGGGAAGUGAGGACCACUGCAUCAAAGUUUCAGUGACUCAAGGAAGUGUAAGAAUCACAGUGAAGGGCUGUGUCUCCAAAGCGUUCUGUUUGCAAAGUAGCAGCACGAUAGGAUCCACUGGAACAGACAUCAGCUGCUGUCAGGGUGACUACUGCAACAGCAGCAUCAGUACAAGAGCAGGUCUUUUGCUCCUGGUGGCCCCACUCAUCUACUUCAUUGUGUUCUUUUAACUGAUGGAGACACAAGCAUCACUGCUAAGUUUUUUAUGUAUCUUUUAACCAGAUGAGUGAUGGUUCUCUCCAAAAACAAUGAGAAUCUUUGUUUUGUUUGUAGUUUUUUUCCCUUUGGUUUAUGUCUCAUUCGCUCAUUUCAUUUCACGUUUGUGUUUUACAUUUUUAUUUACUUACUGUUUUUCUGAUUAACCUGAAAUUACUUUGGUUUGAUGUUAUAAAUAAAUAUGUCUUAUGCCUUCUUGUGUUUAUUUUUUGUGUGGUUUAAUUUUAAUGUACACACAAUUAUUUCUUAUAAUAUAUGGAGAAUCUUGGUUUUGUAUUGUGUAAGGGCAAGCGCUGCAAACGCACUACAAAAAUAUAACAAAAAUCUGUGUAACAAGAAGUAGUAUCACUUUAAAGAUUUGUUUACUUUGUUGCUCCUGCUUUUUGCCCGAACACUAAUGGCACACAAUCUGUAGCCAGGCUGACAACGGUCACAAUAUCAGCUGCUGUCGUUGUAGCUGUCAUUGGCACCAACUCAAUGUGUCAUCAACUCCGCGGAUGAAAAUGUCCAGUUGUGCUGCAUCUGUACUAAUGUCAUAAUUUCAUAAUUUGCAACGAAAACGCA